UAUGAAAUGCAAACCUAACCUUUUACUAGUUCAUUCGUUGGUUUGAAAAUCACGUUUUUCACGUGAAUAUAUCAGAUUCCUAAAAAUGGCCAUAAUGAAUCCUGUUACAAGAAAUGCUCGAAGUCCAGGACAUAAAUCCAAUCAAAAUGAUGAAGAUGAGAAAAAAACACUGUUGAUAGCACAGGAAUUAAAAAUUGCCAGAUCUUUAGCCGGCAAUGACCAGAUAUUGAGAGAUAGAGCCCUCAAGAGUUUGAAGAAAUGGUUUCAGCGAAGAUCCCAAAAUUUAGCUUUUACAGAGGACGAUUUUAUUAGACUUUGGAAAGGGUUAUUUUAUUCAAUGUGGAUGUCUGAUAAACCUCUUAUUCAAGAAGAAUGUGCAGAAAAUAUAGCUAGUUUACUACAUGAAUUACCCAUGGACCAUUCAUUAAUUCUCUUCAAAUGUGGUUUGAUCACACUUUGUAAAGAAUGGUUUGGCAUAGACCAGCUGAGAUUAGAUAAAUUUUUGAUGUUUGUGAGGAGAUUAUUAAGACAAGCUUUGAUUGUUUUGAAACGAAAUGAAUUCCAAAAGGAGAGUAUCAUCAAAUUUGGAGACAUAUUGUUGGAAACCGUCCUCGAUUCGAAUAAAAAAGAUAUAUUGGGCUUAUUUUUGCAUUUCACUGAAAUAUUCUUAGAAGAAUUGGCAAAGAUUAGUGAAGGUAAUUUGAAUCCUCAUCUUUUGAAUGAAUUCCUGGUACCAUUUAUGAAAACACUAGCUGUAACUGAUGAUUAUAGAAAAAUUAAACAAAUCAGGAAAUUUAUAUUUAUUCAUUUAAUGAGUCAGUCCGAUGUAGGCCUUGAAUAUCAAGAACGAUAUAAUGCUUGGAAAAAGCAAGGAUUUCCUGGUACUAUUCAUGGAAUGCAAAAAGUUGAGUUGGAGGAAGAGCAAGUUUCUGAGGAUGAAAUAGUUACUUCAGAAAGUAAGCCUUUAGAUCCAAGAGCUGGAAGGGUUGAUGUAGAGCUUCCUCAAAUAAAAUUCAGCCCUAAAAUGAUUGCUGAUUUGCUCAUAAAAUAUAAAUAUUUUGAAAAUAGCAAAGUAGCUGGUAGAAAAGCUAUGAAUUUACUUUCAAAGCAAUUCAGAAAAUUAAGUAAGGGUAUAUAUCCAUUGGGUGUAGUUGAUUUGAGACUCCCAAAAGAUGAUAUUAAAGAUAUGAACGUGCGUAAAGCUGUUAACCGCUUGGUAAAGUUUGAAAAGAAAUUGCUCAAAAGAAAACAUGAUGUAGGUGAAAAAGAACAGAAAAAAAGAAAACUUGAGAAUAUAUCUCAAACUACCUGUUCAGAAAAUGGAAGUUUACAGAAGGUAGAACCGUUUCUCAAUUUUGAUAAAUUUCCAAAGAAUGGAGAAGGUAAGCCUAUAAUAGAUAUAUCGAGCAUACCCAAAAAGUAUCUCAGAAUGGGGAUUUCCUUCAAUGAAGAUCCAGCCACCAGUAAAUUGGCAUUACCGAAAUCCUUCAUAUCGGAAACUGGAAAAAUGCCUGAAUUGCUUAUUGAGCAAUUUUCUGGACUCUGGAGUGUUUAUAACGAAUGCCCUAAAGUUCCCAAAACAACUUAUAGUAAAAAAAAGGAUAAAAUAAUUUCAAAUGGUAUUCAGAAGAAAAAAAAAACAUUGAAAACAAAAAAUAAACAGAACAAAGUGGCGAUGAUGAAAGCCAUUGAUUCUUUGUUGGAUAAGGGAAAAGAAACUGCCAAAUCAGAAAAUAGAAAAAAUUUCUCCAAAAAUCCUUGGGAUGAGCCUCUUAAGGAAGGGGAAUAUGAACUAACAAUCCCAUCGAAAUCCUAUGUGGAAAAAUUGAAAAAAAUUUCUAAAAAAUCCACUUUGAACCUUCAACAAUUGAUUGACAACAGUCUGAUCAAAUUCAAGGAUCCGAAGGAACGUGAUCAAUGUUCAACACCUGAAAAGAAAAGAACAAAGAAGGUUAAUAUAAAUACUAGUCUUAACCAAUCACAAGAAUUUGAUGAAUACCAUUCAUUGAUUUUGAGCUCACCCAAUAUAGUUUUUGAUGGCAGCAAGAAACCUGGUAAGCCAUUGUUAAAAAGGAAGGCUAAAACACCUGUCAAUCCCUUUUUUAAGAAGAACAGACUCCAUCAAUAGAACAUGUUCGAUGAUUGUCUUGACUUGAUCUGGGUGUUAUGAAUUGAAGGAUAAAUGUGACUUUCAAUGUUUUUGUAAAUAUCAUUAUUUAUAUCUACUUAAUCUAAAUUACAUGUUCACUUGUUGAUAAGUCAUGAACCAAGACUACUAAACUAGACUUUUCCAUACAUAUGUUCAUGACCAGAUUUGAUUUGCCUAAUUUUCAUGUUAUUAAUUAUUAUCCUCUCGUAAUUGAGUGAAUUUAGGUUAGGUUGAACCUAAGUAUUGAUGUUUCAAUAUAUUUUAUAUCGAUUCGAUACUUUAUGCAUAGUUUUACCUUAGUAAUUUUUUAUGGGAAUUUUAUUCCAAAUGUAAUUUGUAAAUAGAAAUAUUUUUUCAUAAAUAAAGGUUGAUAUCGAUUUUCUUA